CCCUCCUCUCACUUCCGGACUGCCUUCGUAACAAUGGAGAAGAUGGCGGAGUAAGGAGAGGUCUGGGCGGAGGAGCCGGAAUACAGCGGACAACAGAGCUAGCGAGCUCUCUUCACGUUAGACAGGUUCAUCUUUACAUUCAUCAGUCAACAUGGAGAGUUCAGAUGCUACUGGGAAAGGAAGUGCUGAACAGUCAGAUUCUCAACGCCAAAGUCAGAUGGACCGGCUGGAUCGAGAGGAGGCUUUCUAUCAAUUUGUGAAUGACCUCAAUGAAGAGGAUUACCGUCUCAUGAGAGAUAAUAACUUAUUAGGAACUCCAGGGGAAAUAACUAAAGAGGAAUUGCUAAGAAGGUUACAGCAAAUCAAAGAAGGACCGCCUCAACCAAACACUGAUGAAAACAGAGUUUCUACAGGAGAUGCUACAGAAGACUCUUCAAAUGGUGAUUCUAUAAUUGACUGGUUAAAUUCAGUCCGACAGACUGGAAAUACAACAAGGAGUGGACAGCGAGGAAACCAGUCAUGGAGGGCAGUAAGCAGAACAAAUCCAAAUAGCGGCGAUUUUAGGUUUAGUCUGGAAAUAAACGUGAAUCGCAGUGCUGCUAAUCAAAAUCUGCCAUCAGCUGAACAGUCAUCAGAAACCCCUGGGGUUGAAGAUAUGGAAGUUAGUAGUCAGGGUGAAGUUGAACCUGAACCUGACCCUGAACCUGAAACAGAGGCUGAACCUGAAAUUCCAGCCCCAGUGGCAGCACCAAUUGCAACCCCAGUUUCAGCUCCGGUAGUAAUCCCAGUGGCUGCCCCGGUUGCAGUUCCAGUUGUGGCCCCAGUUGCUGCCCCAUUGGUAACCCCAUUGGUAGCACCAGAAGAAGUAACUGUAGAGGAGACUACUCCUCCAAGAGGUCAAAGGAGGGCAAGAAGCAGAAGUCCAGACCAACGAAGGAUCCGAGCAAGGACUGAUAGAAGCAGAUCACCCCUGAAUCGAGCUGUUGAGCAACCUGCUCGAAGGGCUCAACAUAACUCAUCACAAACUGUUGAAGCGUCCACUGUUGAAGAAGCAGAGGGUAGCUCCAGAACCAGACAGCUUGUGACUGCAUACCUGAGCAAUGCUUCAGUUGAGACAGAGGGCAGCUCUAGAACUAGACAGCAUGUAACAUCCAGACAGCAAGCACUUGUUACAGAACCUCAGAAUCCAAGUGCGGUGCUGUCAAAUCCAGAGACCAGAACCUCUUCCCAACCCCCUCCAACAGAGACUCAAGACACUGUAGAACCCACAGGAACGGGUCAGAGACCGCCAACUAUAGUGUUAGAUCUUCAAGUUAGGCGAGUGCGUCCUGGAGAAUAUCGCCAGAGAGACAGUAUAGCAAACAGAACCCGUUCUCGCUCUCAGACACCCAACAACACAGUUACUUAUGAGAGUGAACGGGGUGGAUUCAGACGCACUUUCUCACGAUCAGAGCGUGCUGGUGUUAGGACAUAUGUCAGCACCAUCAGAAUCCCAAUUCGUAGGAUACUGAACACUGGCCUAAGUGAGACCACCUCAGUUGCUAUCCAGACGAUGCUGAGGCAGAUUAUGACUGGUUUUGGGGAGCUUAGCUAUUUCAUGUAUAGUGAUAAUGAUGCAGAGCCUGGUACUCCGGCAACUACCCCUCCUCCAGUAGCAGUGGGAGGUGAAACUCCAACUAUUGAAACAGCAAGUGUCAGUCCUCCAGCUCCAGCGCAAGCUCCAGUGCCAGUCCCAGUGCCAGAGCCAGUAGAACCUCCCAUACCUACUGUGGAACCUGAGGAACCAAACCAGGAAAUUGUUUCAACUUCUGGGACAAGAAGGGAAGUACGAAAUAACAGAGGAUCUGUUACCUUUGAAGAAAGUGGAUCUCUUCCAUUUCUCAGACUGGCUCAAUUUUUCCUACUCAAUGAGGAUGAUGAUGAUCAGCCAAGGGGACUCACCAAAGAACAAAUCGACAACCUCUCCACCCGAAAUUAUGGUGAAAAUGAUGCCCUGAAAACAUGUAGUGUGUGCAUAACGGAAUAUGCAGAAGGGAACAAGCUGCGUAAGCUACCCUGUUCUCAUGAGUACCAUGUCCACUGUAUCGAUCGUUGGCUUUCUGAAAAUUCUACCUGUCCUAUCUGUCGCCGAGCUGUUCUGAUAUCUGGCAAUAGAGAAAGUGUUGUGUAAACAAAUUAAUACAAACUGUAUACUAAGCAGCCGCCACUUCUAGGCUGGGCAGAGGAAUAAAAUAAAAUGCUUUUUAUGGCCACUUUUUGAGUGGUGCUUUAAACUAGGGUUUUGGCUUGGAGUGAGUUGUCCUGUUGAAACAUUUGUAAUUUUCUUCCCUCACAAAAUCUUGAUGUUUCAAAACAACAAGAAAUACAGUCCAUUAAAGUACCUGCUAAUUUCUCCACCAUGCAAACAUCUAACUUGCAAGGACGACAUUUCUUACACCUCUGCUGGAGCAGAAAAUUUAACUUUUUCAGUGCUGGAAAGAUUUCUGUGAAGACCCUUUCAGUAUGAAAAGGGUUACUAGACUUUGCAAGUUGGAUCAUUGCGAGCAUCACUUACUUGUUUUAAGUAACAGUUUAAUUACAGGAAAAGCCUUAUAAAUGCAGUAGUACAUUUUUAUGCUAAUGUUUUCGAAAGGGUUUUUUUUUUAAUGAGAAUAUUUGAUUUCUAUAAUAUUUAGUACCAAUCUCUGGCCAUAUGACAGCAUUACCAGUAUAGCACAUGUAAAUAAGUAAUUACCCUUUAAUUGCUCAUAUUGUGCUUUCCUGGAUUGUAAUUGCAUUAUGCAUGCGUUUAACCUACACCAUACUUAUUCUCAUAAGCUAGAAGAACUAUUUGGUUCCCCACCAACCCCACCAAUUGCUGUACAAAUGAAGCUUUUAGCUUCACUUGUUUUAAAGUUAGUGUUAUCAUUUAAGAGCAUAAUUAGCGUUGAAUCAUUUUUUUUCUUUAUGGAUGUUUGCUCGCAUUUUGAAUACAUUCUUUAUUAGUAUUGCAAAUGAUCUAGCCAAUAUAUAACUUUCAUUUGCAGCCCGCAGCAGUGAGCAAUGCAAAUGAACAGAAUACCCUGCAAGAGUUUUGGGUUCUUUUUUUAAUUGAACGGUCAGUUCAGUAUUUGUGGUCUUGGCAUACUUCAAGAACGUAACAUCAGAAAACAAAAUUGACACACAAAUUGACCAACAGGAGCUACCUUUGUGCUAAGCACUUACAAGUUUAUUGAGAUGGUUGUGUGUCCUAUUCCACAUAGUGUGUUGUUAGUUUAUAACGGUAGUUUGUUUAAAACAAGUUACAUUAUUAUUUUAACAUUAUAAAGUCGGGGUUUUUUUUUUAAGAGUGUGACAAUGUAUUGAACUAUUAAUGUCCCUCAAAAUUCUAAAGCACCCAGUAAUUAUUUUGCUUAAAAAAAUGAUCUUAAACCAAAUUGAGUCCUUUGAUUUUAAUAUGGGCUAAUAUGUCAGAGCAAUUUCUUCCGAUGAACAGUUUAGGGUCUUCCUGCUCUGUAGCAUAUAAAACUGAAUGCAUCUGUGCCUUGCAUUCGAGAUGUUCUAUGUGUGGCCGUGAAUAUUUCACUUGGAUAAGAAAUACAUACAUAACACAGAAUAGCUUUAUUGAACAAUUCUGAUUUUUAUUUUGUUGGGCAAGGGGAUGCACACAAAUAUUACUUUUAUUUUUUUGUAUACUGUUACUUAAUAUCCCAUGGGAUUGUGUAGUAUUUACUACAUGUUGAGAAGGUAAAGAAUUUCCUUCCAGCACUGAAGGGGUGAAAUUGCCACAAAUUUAUUAAAAUGUCCACGUUUAUUUGAUAAACAAGGACAAACCUAUAAGAUCUGCAAACUCACGUUAGGAUUUGUGUAUAUAAAGACACUUUUCUCAUUCUGUAUGUCUGAAGGCCAUAUUAACGGCAUACUGUAGAAAUUGCUGAUUUAGUAUAAAUUUGGAAUAUUUAUCUUGUUGUGAAAUAACAAAUGUCUAUGCUUGUUGAAAUAAAAAUGAAAAAUCACUUUCUUUAAAAUGUAUAGCUUUUUGUAGCAGCAGCAGCAGCUCCAUACUCCUGCCACUGCACCGUUGUACUUAAUGUGUAGCAGACAAUCUGUCUGACAUGACGCUCGCUCAUCAGUCACAUAUACACCUAGCUGCCAGUUUAAGAACUGCGUUUGCAAUUGUCUUAUCGUGAAACAGGGGGUCUAGUUCAUGUUUUAAUAUGUGAAAUAAAAUUGCGGCUGCUAACCUGAAAUGGGAAUAAAUGUUUUAAAACAAACCAUAACAGAAAAAUGUUUCUAUUUCUUGUCAAGCGCUGAAUCUGGUAACAUCAGUAUUUCAAAUAUGUAUCAACUACCCCGUAAUCCAUUAUAUUCUUCACUUAUUGUAUGCCUCUUUUGGGAUUCAUGUUUUCCCCUUGCAUAGUUAAAUGGUAUAGUACCCAUUUAUAAUGCAAACAUGAACAUUAUUGGGAUUAAUACAAUGUUUAAAUUAUGACCGCAUGCAGCUUUCAUCCAAUACUGCAAAUAAAUGGUUUACAUUAUGGUUAUUCUAAGGUUCUAGUUUUUCUGAACCCCACCCACAGGUCAAAUUCUGAUAUACAUUUUGCAAAAAUGGAUGUUUAGAGUGAAUUAAAGGCAUUCUUGGGGUGAAUAAAUGAGUUUGGUUUGCCUGAGCAUAAUUUCAAGGUACAGAUUGUUAGUAAGAUAUUAUUUGUUUGAGUAGUAAAUUAUGAUUUUUCUCUUUACCAGUGAGCCUGAUUAUGGAACUCAUUGACCACUGCAGCAUAUGAAAAUAAUACAAUAUUUGUCCAUGUACUUUAAAAAAUGUAAGUCACCUGCUUUGCUUGCUGUGGUCUGCUUCUCAUCGGGUGAAAAUGUUUAGUUUUGUAUGCCACAAAACCUACAAUUUAUGUUUACAGUCUCCCAAGCUCCUGCGUGUGUCCUUAUGAUCAAUGUAGACAUUUCAUAACAUGUUUAAUUGCAGCAUGAGGCAACACCACUGGGAGACUUUUGUAAAGUUAUAAUUGUUAAUAUUUAUGGUAGCUUUGUGAUAUUAGUAUUGAGUAUGCCAAAUCCUUUGUCUAUUUCUUCAGGAACCUUGUAAAUUACAUACUUGCAAACUAUAUACAGCUGGCAGAUAAAUUAGUUGUGUCCAGGUAAAUAAAGUACUCUUUAGAUUUCUAAAAUUUUGAGAUAAAGAACUGCCUAUUAUCCCACCCCUUCCCCUUUCCAAUCCCCGUGCUCUCACAAAAGCAGUUAUAAACUUAUCCUUUGUGUACUGUAAGUCGCCACUUCUCAGCGUGUCUAACGCCAACAUUUAAAAUGACAAUCCUGUUAUAAUCAAAAUGCUACAUGUUUUGACUUUAACCUGAUUGACGCUUCUCGUCUCGGAAUUGAAAAAGGCAGUUUGCAAAUGCUACAGUACAGUAAAUUUCGCUCUGUGUUCAUUUUUUUAUGUAUUCUCUGCUAUUGGCUUGCUCCAGUUAUCUCAUUUACAGCAAGGACUUCUACAGAGGUAUGGGUUCUUUAGGCUGCAUGAUUUUUGUUUUUCAUCCCCCUCAGCCAAAAGCAGGAAACCCUUAAAAGUGCACUAAUUAUUUGUGUUCAACAAGCUAGCUAACCUAAACUAGUACCUACACACCUUCAAAUAGAAUAGAGGUGUCUGAAGCUGCUUGUGUUCUGGAGGGUACAAUGUUACUUUAUAAUCAGAUUGUCAUUGCAUUCUGCAGAAAUAAUAGAUGGUAAGGCUCAUGUAUAAAUAUUCUCAUUUCACUCUGCAGUAGUAAAUGAUGGACAUCCUGAUAGCAUCAUUUGUCUUUGUUCAUUGGCUUUAAAUAGUGUCAUGCUUGAAUGUUUAAUCAGGUUUUAAGACAUUUUACUAUAUUGCUAUAUUCUCAAAAUUAUUUUCUUGGUUCAUUAUAUUCUCAAUCUGGGGAAUUUUAUUUUUAUAGACCAGACAUUCCAAAGUAAUGAUGACCUUGGUGAGAUUGGACAAGUGUUCUGUACCAUUUGAAAUGUCUAAUCUACUCUCAAAAUCUACUCAAAAUAUAGUGAAUGGUCAGUUCUCAUAUAGCUUCUGUCUUGCCGACCAUAAGAUUGCUUAUACAGUAAUAUGGUAUUCAGACUCUCCAAAAUACAAAUUUAAACUGUCUGCACGAUAAGAAUGUGGAAUAUUUGAGUGAUACAGAAAUUCCCAUAUUCAAGUUAAGCAUGCAGGGUGUUUGGGAAACUAUACAAUUUGGAUGUCUGUUUCCAAUGAGAAUGAAUGUUCCAAUAGUUAAAUGAGUUAAACCAGUCAAUAGUGUUUGCAAAUAUUGUAUACGACCAGUUCAUAUUUUCCAGAUUCAACUCUUGUAAAACAUGAUGGAGCUAGCCAUUUAGAUCACUUGCCAUGAGUCUUUAUGGCUUUGCAUUGUCUUCUAAAAAAUAAAAUAACUGUUAAUGAAAGA